UUCAAGUUCACACUUGUGAAUUUUAAGCAUCUUUUGUAUCAACAAAAUCGAAUGUCAGAUGAACCAUUCAUCUUUGCAUCCCAAGCACAACAAGUUUGGUAUAUACAAGACCCUAUUGAGAAAGAUUGGCAUAUAGUUGUGAAGAUGACACCCAGGGAUUUGUAUGAUAUGCGCGGGAGGGAAUCUUUUGAAGAUGCAAUAACAUGUCCGCAAGUUGAGCCAUAUUCUAGUCAACAUCUAGAUGAUUCAACAUACAUUCAGGAGGAUGAUGUUGAUUGGGUUCGGUCAAAUGUGAAUGGAACAACUGUUGAUGGUGGUGAUGAUGCCACUAUAGAUCAUAGUGGUGAAGAGGAGGAUUAUGACGAUGAUAGUGAUGAAAAAGAAGAUGAUUAUGAUGAUGAAAGUGAUGAUGACAGUGAUGAUAUUUAUGUUGAUGGUGGUGACAGUGAUGACGACGACUAUGAUAAUGAUUAUUAGUUCUUCUUUUGUGCAUGAUUCUAUGUUAUCCUAAAAGUUAGCACAUAUGACUACGAAACGAAAGCAGCCUUGUUGGACAGCUGGCUCCAUGGCUAAUGUUUCACAACCAGCACCUACUACUAAUCAGUCACAACAUCAACCACAGCCUCAGUCUCAGCCACAACCGGCGCAGCUGCAACCACAGCCACAAUCACAGCCGCAACAGCAGGCACUACAA